AACUCUACCUCAGCGAAUUUCUAUCGGAGUUUCCUCCUUUUCUAUUCUAGUGAUUUUUGUUUUCCUCCAGAUAUUUUCUGCGUCACCUAUGAAAUAAUUCUCACGAAAGCAGGAUUGGAUGGGCAUGUGUGUGAUAGCACCAGCUGGCUAAGACACAUCCAGAUAUCAUCGUCCUCCCGCCAGUACAACCUCACAGCCUACCCAAUACAUGAGCAGAUAUUUUACCGUGUCGUGCGUGAGGUUCAUCCAGGUGAAGAACUCAUACUGUUCAUGAAGGCUGAGGAGUUUUCAUGUGACACAAUGGCUCCAGAUAUUCAUGAGGAGCGCCAGUUCCGCUGUGAUGACUGUGAGCGCCAUUUCGACUCGGGGCGAGAGCUCAUGGAGCACCAGGAGCACGCCUGCGUGACCCGGGCUGACGCGGCCUUCACCCUGCCUGAGCAAGGCCUCCCAGGCACAGGGAGAGCCAGUGAGCUCGACCCCCUCCGCCUGCCCCCACCCACACUACACCCGGCCCACUCCCCGUAUGAGUGCAAGGAGUGUGAGCAAGUGUUUCCUGAUACUCAGAGUCUUGAGGCUCACUCUCUCUCUCAUUCUGAGGAGAGGGAGUAUAAAUGUGACCAGUGCCCAAAGGCCUUCAACUGGAAGUCCAACCUGAUUCGCCACCAAAUGUCACAUGACAGCGGCAAGCACUAUGAAUGUGAAAACUGCUCAAAGGUGUUCACAGACCCCAGUAACUUGCAGAGGCACAUCCGCUCCCAGCACGUGGGUGCUCGGGCACACGCCUGCCCCGACUGCGGGAAGACAUUCGCCACCUCCUCCGGCCUCAAGCAGCACAAACACAUCCACUCCUCCGUCAAGCCCUUCAUGUGUAAGUCUCUCACCCCCUUCAUAUGUGAGGUGUGCCAUAAGUCCUACACCCAGUUCUCAAACCUGUGCAGACACAAGCGCAUGCACGCUGACUGCCGCACGCAGAUUAAGUGCAAAGACUGCGGGCAGAUGUUCAGCACCACCUCCUCCCUCAACAAGCACCGCCGCUUCUGCGAGGGAAAAAACCAUUUCGCUGCCGCUGCAGGAGGGCUCUUUGGUCCUGCCAUGGCCCUCCCUGGCGGCCCCGGCCUGGACAAGUCCACCCUGGGCGCAAUGGGGCCUGGCUCGGGCGGCCUGGCCGACUAUUUUGGCACGAACCGUCACCACGGGGGCCUCACGUUCCCUGCCGCGCCUCCGGCUUUCCCGUUCAGUUUUCCGGGGUUGUUUCCAUCCGGGCUGUACCACCGGCCACCGCUCAUCCCAGCCACUUCCCCCAUCAAAGGCCCACCGAGUGCGGACCUGCGUAAGAGUCCGGUUCUUUCCUCGCCUGUGUCAGCAACCCAGGAGACGCAUGACCUCCUGAAAAGCUUCCGCAAGCACUCCACCUCCAUCAACGGGGAGGGCGUGGACAAGACGGAGCAACGGCGGGACGGCUCCGCCUCCAAGCCGCGGCACGGCAUUAAGAUGAGUGACCAGUCGGAGAGCAGCGAUCUGGACGACGUCAGCACACCGAGUGGAAGUGAGCUGGAAAGCACUUCCGGGUCGGAGCUGGACAGCGAUGCCGAGAGCGACCGGGACCGGGUACCGGGCCGGGAAAACGGGAAAGGCCCAAAAAGGAAGUCCGGCGCUUCCGUCCUCGGCCGGAGUCCCGCCCUCGUCAGCUCGGGCGGCAGCAGUGCCGGCAACGGUAGCGGGAGCGACGCGCCUCCGCCCGGACUGUUCUCCCCGGCCAUGGACGAGAACACCGCCGUGUCCGGAGCAGUCAACGACUCCAUCAAGGCCAUUGCUUCUAUCGCAGAGAAGUACUUUGGCUCCACGGGGCUGGCAGGGCUGCACGACAAGAAAGGGAGCGCCCUGUCCUACCCCUCCAUGUUCCCACUCUCCUUCUUCCCUGCCUUCUCUCCCCCCAUCUACCCCUUCCACGAGAGGGACCACAUGCGACCCGCGGGCCACAAGGGGGAGCCAGAGAGCCCGCCAGCCGAGGGCAAGAGGCCGCAGGGCGGGAGCGGCGAGUCCCCAUUUGACCUCACCACCAAGCGCAAAGAGGAGCGCUCGGCACUGGCCUUCGCCCCGUCGAAGCCGGAGGUUCCGCGCUCAGCCGCGGCCAAUCAGGAUCAGCCGCUUGACCUGAGCCUCGGCGGGCGGAGCCGAGGCCCAAAAGUGGAGGAGUCGCGCAAGAACCGUGUAUUUGGAGAGGAGAAAACGGAGCCGGAGCCUCCUAAAGCAGAACCCUCCCUCCAGCACGCGAGACCCACCCCAUUCUUCAUGGACCCCAUCUACAGCAGGGUUGAGAAGAGGAAAGCCAGCGAUCCGUUCGAGGCCCUGAAGGAGAAGUACAUGCGGCCCGCGCCCGCCUUCCUCCUCCACCCGCAGUUCCGCAUGCCUGAUCAGAGAACCUGGAUGUCUGCAAUAGAAAACAUGGCAGAGAAGUUGGAAACGUUCAGCUCGUUGAAGUCAGACCCCAGUGACAUCAUGCGGUCGGUUCCCUCCAUGUUUGAUUUCCGAGCGCCCACCACACUGCCAGAGUCUCUGCUACGCAAGGGCAAGGAGCGCUACACCUGCAGAUACUGUGGCAAAAUAUUCCCACGGUCAGCCAACCUCACACGCCACCUCAGAACACACACAGGAGAGCAGCCAUACAGGUGUAAGUACUGUGAUCGAUCGUUCAGUAUCUCCUCAAACCUGCAGCGACACAUCCGGAACAUCCACAACAAGGAGAAACCCUUCAAAUGCCACCUGUGUGACCGCUGCUUCGGACAGCAGACCAACCUGGACCGGCACCUCAAAAAACACGAGAACGGGCAUUUAUCAGGCACAGCGAUGUCGUCCCCUCAGUCGGAGCUGGACAACGGCAGUGCCAUCCUGGACGACAAGGAAGACGCCUACUUUAACGAGAUCCGCAACUUCAUCAGUAACAGCAGCCAGCGUGCCGGCUCACCGCCGCACUCCGACGAAGGGUUGAAUGACAGCCAUUUUGUGGGGGACAAAGCUGUCACUAAUCAGGGGUCACAUGACAUUGAGGAGGAGGAAGGGGAGGAGCAUGGGGCAGAGGAAGAGGAAGCAGAGCAUAGCGACGCUGUUGGCAAGCUCGGUAUUAAGGCUCCGCCGAACAACCUGGGUGAUGGCAUCACGGAUGACCUAGACUUUGAUGGGCCAAACCAUCUGGAUAUGAACUGCAAAUCUUCACCACAGAGGUUUGAUGAGGAUGAAGAGGAUGAAGAGCAUACCGGUUUCUCUACACUUGAUCACAUCCGCCAUUUCAGCAUGGAAGAGACAGAGCUCAGCGAUGGUGAUGUCACUGGAUUUGGCUCCGCCCACUUGACUGAAGCUGUAAAGCAACCACUGUACAGAAAAUCGAAGUCACAGGCUUAUGCUAUGAUGCUGUCCCUGGCUGAUAAGGACCCGCUACCUGCCACGCCACAUGCCACCUCCAUAUGGCAUGCUCUUGGUCGCACGGCCGAAUCCAACGCCAUCCAGUCUCUUAGUCAUGUAUGAUGGCCCCCAAUGCCUAUGCCAGUGACCUCCCAACCAUGACCUAUGACCUCUGACCCCAAACACAGGCACUAGGACCAAACUACUGGCCUUGACUGGGCAGAUAGAGAACCAUAUUCCCUGGGGGAUAGAGUGCUUUGUUAUUGUGAAACACUAUUGUCAUGGUCCGUGGUCCACACACACACACACACACACACACACACACACACACACAAUCGAUAUACAGUAAUUUUACUCCCUUAAAUAACUUGACAAAUUAUUGAUUGAUUUUAUUCAAAUUAUUGACUUUUAAUGAUGGUAAUUUACAAUGACACAUAAUGAUUAUGAUAAUGAAAGCAUUAAUAAUAAUCAUAUUUAUUCUGUCCAGGUUUUGCACAGCAAUGUCAGCUGGUGUUUCAAGGGAUAGGUUGUUAUUUCAUUGUAGAGAUUUGUGUGUUGAAUAUCUCCAGGUUGCCUGUUUAGAACUGUUGGAGGCCUCGUACAAUCUCCUAAAGAGUCUUCCAAAUGAAAACAAUGAUCACAACAACAGUAUCUGUGAAUGUAUGCGGCCAAUUACACACUUUGUUACACAAAAAAUACAACCAUGAUCAAUCAGAUACACACAGAAUUUCAAUCUCUUCUAAAGGUGUGUGUGUGUGUGUGUGUGUGUGUGUGUGUGUGUGUGUGUGUGUGUGCGUGUGUGUAUAUUUGUGAAGUGUGUUACUUGUUGUCAUGGUGCCACAUCAUGCCUUUAUUGUUACUCUGACCACACCCCACCCUCCGUCUGCACCACAGUGUGAAACCUUACAGUCACCUACUCCAACAGCCAGCCUUCUGAUUGGUCCUUACAGUCACCCCUCUUCAACAGCCAGCCUUCUGAUUGGUCCUUACAGUCACCUACUCAGAUAGCCAGCCUCCUGAUUGGUCCUUACAGUCACCUACUUGGAUAGCCAGCCUUCUGAUUGGUCAAGGAAUCUGGCUUCCUUUUCGGCUUCCUUAUGUUAACAAACAUGACAGGGGCGUUCUAGGAUCGGAAAACAUCUGGAGCUUAGAACAAACGUCAGGUGCUAGUCAGCAGAUCCAAAAAUAUCCUUUCCAGAUGAAUUUUUAAUAUAUAUUUUGAUAUUUACAAGCAGCAUUUUCUCACUGUUUUAUGAUGAUCAUUUAAGACCUUUAUCAACACAGAUCAAGCUGAUUAACAAAUUAUAGACACUAAUAACAUGGAGUGUUUAAAAGUCAUACCCACACACAUUCAACAUAUUAACUCCUUCUGUGUAACAGUGUCCUACACGUUAUUGCCUACAUUAUGUAAAUGCAUAUUUUGGGCAUUGCUUCCUUUAUAUGUAUAUAAUCUUCAAUCGGUUAAACAAUUAUAAGGCUUCACAGUUAUGAAUUUCACAAACUCACAAUUCAUUGUCACUACAGAACAGCAGCAUAGCAUUUCAAAGUCCAUUCCAGACUGUAACAUCAGGGGAGAUAAAGGACAUUACUGGAAGUGUCUGGGAUCUGAGGCUAUGAUACUGGUUCUACUCCCUUUAAACCUAGUACACAAACAAUGAGUCAGUCGUUUUUUAAAGGAUACCUUACAGUGGGCAACUGGCAUUUAAAUUUAUUGUAAUAUAUUUAAAAGAAGUAAUGGGACCAUAAGAGGUCAUGUGGAAACUUCUCUUGUACACAUGCUAAUCUUUUGAAAAGAUGUAAAGCUGUGGAGAGUGUGUGACUAUUCUCCGACUCUGUCCAAUGAAAGCACUGCAUCGUCAACCUGGUCUCCGCCCAAUACCUCUGCUGUCCAAUGACAGUAGAGAUGUUUUCUGUAAAAUAUGUUUUUGCUUUGUUUCUGGUUUUAUUUUAUUGUUAUUUUGGUUUUAUUUUAUUUUAUUUUUUUUGGAGAAAGGUUGUAAAAAAAUUAAAAUACUUUUUUUGUUUGUUCUUUUCUAAACUGAGAAAAUAAAUAGCAGAAGUACUGAUGUUUGUAGAAAUUGAGUGAAGGGCAUUCUACCGUUUCCUUGGUAAUCCUCUUCUUUAGCCGGUCAAUAAUACCACUAAAUAGCCUGUAUGCUAGUCGCUAGCUGUUCCAUUCUUGUGUCGUUCAUUUCUAGACAAUCAGUACACACUUUUUUAAUCUUUUGUCUUUCUUUUAUUCUUGGUUGAUGUUGUUGAUGUUAUUGCUGUGUAUGUUGAAAGGUGUAUUUAUUUCUUGACAAACUGUAGUUUGUUUACUGAAUAGCACUGCUCUUGCGCUCCCCCUUUUGGUAAAACGGGAGAGUGACUCCACAGUCGGCUGGAGUCUGUAGAAUACAGUAUGUCUGCGUGCCAGAUAGUAUUAAACAUUCAUUCCGUCUUAUACUUCUAAUGAAACUGGUAAAUGAUAUAGUCAUUACUUAGAGGGUUUUUUUUUUUUGUAUGACAAGUUUAUUGAUUCAACUGUAAGAUAUUAAAAAUGGAGGGAAUGGGAGUAAAAAAGAAAAUAAAAACAGCUGGUAAUACUUCUUCAUAAAAACGCAUGAUCAGUCUGGCUUAGAAUUGUAAAUGACAUUUUCUACGGUUGUCUGCAAGCUUGUGUGACGUUUUGGGUCUCUGUUGAUUUGUGGUGCUGAGUCUAUGAUAAAUAGCAGACUUUAUUCGUUCACAUUCUGAAGGACCAGAACAUUCCAAUUUGUUUUCUAUUUUUGUUUUUGUUUGGUUUGCUGUUGUUGUUUAUAAUCCCAUUUUUAAGAGUAAUUGGCAAGUUGAGGUACUUUGUUUUAAUGCUUUCUACGAUGUAACUGUAUUGCAUUUCAAAUCAGUAAUGUGGGAGGAGCUACUCAGAAAUAAAGGACUCCAGUGUAGACCCAUGA